AUGGAGCUACAGCAAGUGAUGGUUCUGUUCUCUCUGUUUGUGGCUGGCAUCUCAAAGCGAGACCCAGAAAAUUUCAAGCACAGAUACUCUUGUUCGUCUCAGUGUGCAGGUUUUAGCACACCAACUGUUUCCGUGGGAUCCAGGUUCAGCUAUAGCUACUCAACAUCUACCACUACGUUCCUUCAAGGAAGGGCCUACCAGAGAAGUGGCAUCACCCUAGAAAGUACAGUUGUGGUCGAAGUAUUGGCAAAUUGUCGUCGAAUUUUAAAAUUGCAAGGAGUACAGAUCAAAAACAUCUUUGAAUCCGAGGUGAAGCUGAUGAAUGAAAAUGACAGUUUAAGGGAAAUUUUGGAGCGAUACCCACUGUGGUUUUGUUUUCACAAUGGGAAAGUUCUGAAGAUCUUUCCCCAGAAGAAUGAGUCAACUUGGGCCCUAAACAUCAAACGGGGGGUUCUGAGUGGUCUCCAGACAUCAUCGUUGGGAGCCGCUGCCAACAACAGCGUGGAAGAGGUGGAUAUUUCAGGGAAAUGUCCCACUCAGUACCAACAGAAAGGUUCGGUCCUUCUGAAGAUGAAAGACUUCAACUUGUGUUCUCACCAUUUUUCUGGAUUUACUUCUCUGAAAUCUGUGGCUCUUCCCAAUGCAUCGGAGCAACUUCUGUCUUCCAAACUUGAAUGUAUCCAGAGAUUUGAGGAGAAAGGGAUCCUUGCGGAAAUCAAAUGUAUGGAGUACCACCUUGUUACACCUCCUGCAAGGAAGGGCAGUGGAGUGAAGAUGCAAACUCGGACAGACUUGAAGCUCUUCCGAACUGAAGCUCAUAGUAUAUCCCAGGAAAAAGUACCCACUAGUGACAUCUAUGAAAGCAGCCUGCUCUAUCAAAAAGAGAAAAUGGCACCAUUGUCCAAAGAGGAGGAAAUGGAAGAAGUAGCUAAUGUUCUUCAGAAGCUCUGCAUGAAACCUACCAUGGAUACCGAGCCUACAGAUCUGUUCCUGAAUUUGGUGUUUGCACUUCGGCAGGUCUCCACCGAUGCCUUGAUGGACCUGUGGAAGAGUCCUUCUUCCAAAUGUCAAGAUAACUGGCGGCCUCUCUUGGAUGCCCUUCCCUUUUGUGCAACCGAACCCUGCGUUGUCCUGAUGGAAAAGCUGAUUCUUUUGCAAGAAGUAGAUGAGGACCGCAUCGAUCGUUUCCUGAGGUCCCUCGCCUUCAUCCCAGAGCCCACUGCAGGCAUGAUGGAUGCUUUAGCUCCUCUGUUGGAGUUACCCAAAGAACGGCAAAUAGCAUUCUUAGGAUUAACGUCUUUGCUGCAUCACUUCUGCUCCAAAAGAACCAACUGCGAUCAAGUACCAGCAGUACUGAGGAUUAUGAAAAUUCUGGGAAGACGCUUAGGAGGGAAAUGUGCCAGGUCCAAAUCAGAGGGAACUGCUCAGAUGGAACUGAUCUUAAAUGCAAUUGGAAAUGCAGGGCUGGCGGCAACGUCUUUGACAACACCCUUGAGUUCCUGUGCGGUGCUGAAAACCAACCCAACUGAAAUCCGGCUGGCAGCCAUUGAAGCUUUCCGGCGCAUCCCCUGUGCAGCCAACCGUGCUGUAUUGCUCCGUCUGUUUCAAACCUACGAUGAGAACGUUGAGAUCAGAAUUGCUUCGUAUCUUAUGGCCAUGAAAUGUCCUAGCAAAGACUUAUUCAAUCACAUUAAAUGGACUUUGCAGGAGGAGCGAUCCAGUCAAGUGGGCUCUUUUGUCUGGAGUCAUCUUUCUGAGCUCUUAAGAACAGAAGACCCACUAAAACAGCAUCUUAGGAAGUCUCUGCCUGAAGACAUCAUUCCCAAGGAAUUUGAUUGGGAAACGUGGAAAUUUUCUUCCUACACAGAUGUUACCUUCCACUCAGCGAUGGCCAGUGGAAAUGCUGAGGCCCAGGUCAUCUUCUCACCUGCUUCUUUUAUCCCACGUUUGAUCUUGACCAAUUUCACAAUCCAUCUGCUGGGACGGGCUAUCAAUCUCUUAGAGGUUGGAGUCAGAUUGGAGAAUUUGGAAGAUAUUGUCCGGACAUUUUUUGACUUUCAAGACACCAAAGGAAGGCAUGUCAAGCCAGAAUCUCCCAUGCAGAUGGUGAACAAGAUUCCUCAAAAUAAGCCAUCAUUCAAGCAAUUCAAUUUGAAAAGUCACCUACCUAAAGGAAAUAAAACUGCACUGAGAACAGAAAGUGAUUGUCCACGUGGACAAUACCAGAAGAUUAAUGGUUUUGUGAAAAAGUUCACCAAAAAAAUGGGGAAGAAGAAGAAGCCCAAAUGCAAACUUAGUCUCAAAAUCUUUGGAAAUGAGCUGAUGAUUCUUGACUGCGGCGAUCUCAGAAGCCAAGCAAAACAUUACUAUUUGAACCUGGCGGAGCUAACGAUGAAAGUUUUGAAGGGCCAAGAAGUCCAGUGGAAUAAAAGAUUGAGUCUGGCAACAGAAGAAGUGCUGUUUCCAACCAUCUCAGGGUUUCCUGUCCUCCUGGGUUUUAAUGCUUCGGCAGCUGUCAACCUGACUGCCAGAGGAGACACAAACUUCAAGAAACACAACCAUUUCUUCAUCAAUGGCUACCUCAAGCCAAGUGUUAUCCUACAGAUUUCUGCCCAGAUGGGAACUGUAGGAGUUCUGGGGAACGCUGGCUUGAAAUGGUCCACCAUCUUGAGAUCCUUGGCCAAACUUGAUGGUGGAAUUCAGGUGAAAAAAGGGAAAGAAUUUAAAUUUUUUUGGAACACUCCCGAAGACGCUAUGGAAAUUCUACAUUUCAGCUCUAAACUCUACGUUACUGCAAGGGAGAAAACGAAAACCAGUGACCAUUUUCCGGGCCAAACUGAACUUUGCACCAGCGAGGAAGCGUCGAAAACUUUUGGCUGGCAGCUGUGUUCAGAGGUUUUUCUCCCUGACGACAAGACCAGCAGCUUCGUUCUUCCCUUCCCUGGACCGGUCAAAGUCGCCAUUAUGCUAAGAAAGCAGGACAGAAACCUACAGCAGUAUUUAAUAAAAGCAGCAUAUCAUUAUGUUGCUCAGAAAAGUUCUUGGAUUCCAAAUGAAGCCGAGCUCCAUUUCUUUAUGGGGAGUCUGGAAUCAGAGCUGAAGAGAAAUGUGGCUUUUGAUUUCCACUGGAACAUCCCUCAGAAAAAAAUCAGAAUUGAAUUCAUCAAGCUGAAGACAAAAAUGCUACUGAAUGGCAAAAUCGAAAUCUCAAAAUACUCUCGCGUCGGGCAUUUGGAACUGAUAGUCAAUGAUAACACCAUUUAUUACAUCAAGGGCAGGACCGAUUUGCAAUCCGUGGCUGGAGAGCAGAGAUAUGCAAUCCGUCUGGAAGCCAAAUUGCUAAGGCACGGAAGUCCUGUUGUCCUUGCAGGAAAUCUCACGAGACUGGCCAGCCAAAAGGUAGCAUUUUCAGUAUCCUUGAUCAAUCUGCUGAAGGAUGCCGCGUCCUUUGCAGUGUGUUUCGAGAAAAAGGCAGAUAAUGACUUAAGGCACUAUUCCCUGGAUGGAGAAACCCACAUUCCUGGCGUUUUUGGAUCUCACGUCAUUUUUCUUCUGCAAAAACGAGGACAAGUCUGGUCCAACAUCCUGAGAAUUAAAUAUGGAUUGUUUGGAGAUGCCAAGAAGCUUCAGCAUGAAUGCAACAUGGCUCAGAGGUUAAAGCAGGAGAACAGCUGGCCUGAUGUUUACCGAUUGGAUCUAGAGCACAAAUUUCACUGUACUCAGAGUCUAACUUACAAUCACAAGGUCCAUUUGCACCAUGAAGACACUGCAAGCCAGCUGCACUCCCGCUUGGAGGCUAACUACGGGAAACACUGGGAUGAAGCCAACAAUAUGAGGAAGGUGAUCAUCAGCCAGAUGUUCAAAAAUCAUUCACAGGCCACUCUGAGGAACUACUUCAUGGAGUUCAUGAUUCAAGUGCCUGAAAAGAAUCUGGAUUAUAGGACUCGGCUGCAGCAUUCCAGUUCUUUCUACCCUUCUCUAGAAAGCAGCACCAGUUUCAAGGUGCAUUAUAACAACCGCAUCCUUUUUAUAGCUGAUCUGCAGUGGAAAAAUGUUUCUGGCCGCCUGCUGAAGAAGUGGGAAGAUAGCUUAGUAAUGGCUUCUUGCUUUCAGCCUAGAAAAUCAAACAUUUCUACAUCCGUUGUGUGGACAGACCACAAGAACCCACCUCUUGUCCUACGGUUCGAGGCACAGCUAGAAGAAGUGAAGAAAGAAAAAAUGCUUUAUCAGAAACGUGGAACUCUCCUGUUCAGGCAUCCGCUAAAUCUCCCCAUUCCACAAAGUCUUCUUCUCCAGGAAACAUUCACGGUGAACAAGAAGGAGAAGCACUAUUCUUUGGAAACCAGACUGGUGAUUGACGAGCGGGAAGACUCCAUUCUAACCCUCACCUUGGGCUAUCCAACUAAAAAUCCAUACAUAUGUGCAAGAUUGACUCAUCCGUAUAACAGCGGCAUUUUCCCUCAAAAUACAGAAACAUGCAUCAUGGUGCGGAAUCUCACUCAGGCUAAUCAAGAGCUGGAAGUGAAACUGAAAAUCAGCCAAGAAGAAGUACUCAGCUUCCUGGGAAAAUACCAAAAUAAAUCAAGCAUGGGCCAACCCCGCCAUCUGAUACAGCUGGAUAUCACCCAUUCAUUUCAGAUACUCCAACAGUUCAAUAUUUGGCUUAAUGGACCAGACUCUGGAAUUGAACUCUAUCCUCAAUUUCUUCAACGAAAUUGGUCACAUUUUCCACAAACUAUUCAGGCCCAGGCCAGUCUAAACUGUCAUGGCCAAAAUGGCCUCAAUGGAUCUUUUGACCUCCACACCAGUACACGGAAUCUAAUGUUCCUGGAGGCCAAUUUUGACAACGAGAUGAAAAGAAACACCCGAGCCUUUCGUGUGAGCGCUGCCCUAAAACAAGACAUUCUAGAACAGUUUAAAUAUGUGGAGCUGCAGUUCCUGAGUAAGGAGACACCAUCAAGGUUGCUGUUGACAUCAUCAGUAAAAUUGAACCAGCAUUCCUUCCAGAUGGGCAUUUCAGGAUCCAAGGAGCAGAAAGCUGGUGUGGUGACCCUACGUGGCUAUGUGCAGCACAACCUUGAAAGCAUACGGCUCAUUGUACCUCAGGAUCUUUCCCUGAAUAGUUCCCUGAAGCACCGGAUCAAUUUUAAUGAAGGCCUUGUGACGGUUGCGGUGAACCAAUCCAUUUUUUCAAUUCAUGUCCGGAGCAAAUGUCUAUGUGGGAAUGAAAGCUUCUAUAGCAUGAUGGUGUCUGUGACCCAGGAUGGCCGUGAUAUUUUCUUAGCUCAGGGAAAACUGAAAGGCUCCCCGGAACUGAAACGAAGAAUCCAGAGGGAUGAAGCUCAUGUUCCGAAGGGCUCAAGAGGUCUCUGUGUUGGCCUUGCAAACAUUUUCCUUCAGAGCGAGGUUGGAUUCACAGGCACCUUCUCCCACAACAUCAGCAGCUUCUAUGCAGCAGGACUUCCCACAGAAAGUAGCAUCAAGACCAUGUAUGGUCACAACGAUACUUACCAGAGAGUAACUGCAGAUCUUCAAGGGGGCAACCAGAAGAUUAGUGUCGUAUUUGGAGUUAAGAAGUUGCAUCCAGAAGCCCUUCAAACCCAGUUGGCAAAUCAUUCUUUAGAGGCAUCACUAAGAACAUUGCUCCAUGGACCAGAUGUGGUUAACAACUCUGCGCCCAGUGUAAUAAGGGAAAUCUUUUCAAAUAGCAGUUUUGCUCCGCUGUGUAUCCACACAGCAUGCAAUCUGGAAUAUGUUCUGGAAACCAGUUUCAAUCAUGCUUGGCCUUAUCUUACGUCUCUGGGACUCGCCCAAGAGAAUAGGGUGAAAAUGUCCAUCACGAGAGGGGAUCCACACAGAGUCCUUCUAGAAAUCACCCUGGGAAAUGGCAAGUGGAUGGGCCAUGGGGAACUGAGUGCUGAGGCUGGAGGAACAGCUGCAGAAUGGAGGGUGACUUUUCUGAACAAAUCUAGCGCUUUAGAGAAGCCAACAUUUUCCCAAAAUUUUGUUUCUGGAGGAUCAUUUUUCGGCAAGACUCAACACGCAAAUUUAACGAUGUUCUUCCAAUGGAAUGGUACAGCAGCUGAUAUGCAAUUGGAAAUAGACAAGUAUGUUGCACGAGGAACUCUGGACCACUCCCUGCCCUAUCUCCAAGAUCUGGGACUGCCUCGUAAAAACUUGAUUCUCCUCAUCAUGACUGGUAAUGCUGGUGUGGAAGGACUUCUGGUACUCCAUGUGGGCAAGUGCAAGCUGGAGAUACAAGGAGAAACCCAAGCCAAAGCCAAAAUGGAAUGGACACUGGAGAUGGAGAUGGCCUGUAAAGCUUUGCAGGAUCGCGGCUUCCCAAAUCACGCACAAUUAAACGGAUCCCUUCUGAAGGAUGAUGGUCAACUAGAAUUCUUUAACAGCCUCCAAGUGGAAGGCCAGGAGGCCUCCUUUACAGUAAGCACCAAGUGCCAGCCAAAGUUUAUUUUAGAAGUGGAGCUGAGACACGGGCUUUCGUUCUUCAACAGGAUCCCCAAAGAAAACAAGCUGAUUGUCCAUUGUGGGAAACGACUCAAGCGUGCUAUAAACUUGGAAGUGAAAUCUGGGCUUUGCCAACUUCAAGCCAACUUGGAGAUGGAUGCAGGAAACCGAUCCCAGUGGCAAGCGGUGAUGGAGAACUCUUGCAAAAUGAUACAGGAUCUUGGAAUCCCAACAAAAAUGAAUGGAUCGGGGCAUGUUUUAAAGGAUAAGAUCAAUCUUGAUUCUCAAGUGGUGCUUACUGUUGGUGAAAACACUGUCUCUGCAUUCGUCCUUUUGAAAGGCACAGCUACUAGACGAGAAUUUCAUGCGCUCCUGGAUCAACGCAUCAAAGGGGCCAUUAACUCUGGCAUUCCUGCAAGGACAGAAGUGGAUUUAAUUUCAGGAAAGAGUAGAACCUUUUGUGAAAGGCUGCUUCAGUUCAAAGUGGAUGGCCAGCAGGUUUUGGUGUCUUCUUCUCUCAAGCGUGGGAGAGCACGGGUUGCUUACUCUGCCACUGUCGCACACCCUUUUAACUUCGCGAUGAAACACAUGGAGGUUAGCUCCCUGACCCAAAGCCGCAAAGGAACCUAUGCACAACAGAUGCAGCUGGCUUGGAACCACGGCCCGCCUGCCUGGAUGAACUUCACUUUUGGAGACAAGUCCAGGGUGAGGAACACAUGCUGGGAUGCUUGUAUCACAGCUUCUUCUGGACAGCUUAAAAACAUCCUAACAAUUGCAAGUCUUCGGGCCUGUGGAUCCCUGAAGCAGACAGCAGCUAUGUUGAAUCAGCACCUCGAUCUGACCUGGGAUAACAAGACAGUUGUACAACAUCUGACCUAUGAGACAAACCGAGUGUUGCAUCGGGAUAAAAUAACGGUAGAAGCUACAUUAAAGAACCUCUUGAGGAUCUCGUGUUCCCAUCAGCGUAUUCUGGGAGAAGUUGAAACGGACUAUGCAGCUUGGCUGAAUUACAACACGAGACUCUGGAUGUGUGAGCUCCCAAAUGCAAUGGCUCUUUCUGGCAAACUCCAGCUCAGCCAGGGAGACACCGUCUUCCGAUCCGAAGGGAAAAUCAGCCUUGGAGGAAACAACGAAGGGACGAUUACGGUGGCUUUACAGAACAACAGCAAGCUGGAAACGAGGAACUAUUCGGCGGAAUUUUCACUAAAAGGCUCCGAGGCUACUUGGAUGGAUGUGAAGGCCUGUGUGACCUCUUCAGCUGAUCAAAGCCAAGUCUUCGUUGAGGGAAAGAUGGAUCAUCCAAAUGAGAAAGUGAAAAUAACAGCCAUCAAAGGAAAAGAGUGUCUUCGGUAUUACAUGGGAUACUUGAAAGGAAAUUCCGAGGACGCACUAGAAUUUGCAGCUUGUAUGAAAGGUCAAAAGCAAGCUGCACUCAACGCCCGCCUGGUUGUAAACAGACGUGAAGAAAUGGGACAUCUUACCAUGGAAGCGUCUAACCAAAGUCUGGAUCUGAAGGCCCACGGCUGUUGGGAUCUCGUCAUGAAAACUGAGUCAAAAUUGGGUGAGAUUAUUUCUGAUCUCCGGCACAGACUGGUGGAAAAAAUAAAAAAAUUGGAGGAACAUAUUCAGGAUUUCAGAAAAUCGAUCCGGCACAUUGGAUUUCUGUACGAUGCUGUUGGCUGGUCUUUAGAAGCCUCCCAAGAGAUGGUACGACUCCUCCACGGCUCCACGAGCCAAGCUGCUCAGAUGUGGGAGCAGAGUGGAUUUAAGCGACUCCUACGGGAUCAGCUCCCCAUGUACCUGAGGAAGUUUCAAAGCAUCCUACAACAAGUCCAGCUGGAGCUGCAAAAGCCACUAACCACCCUAAAAGAUGCCUACUAUGAUGUGACUUUGAAACCUUUGGAUGAAGUUUGGCAACAGAAGACCGACGCGUAUCUAAAGAAGCUUCAGGCACUGGUUCCCACUGUGGUGAAAGACGUAUGGCUGAUGGAACCCAUCCAGGUUGCGUUGAGAUCCCUGAAAACUGGCUUUGAUAUGGCAACUCAACAGAUACUAAACUGGGCAGAAGCCAAAUUAUCCCGAAUGUUGAGCAGGCUCCAAAAAUCUAUAUCGAAUCUGUACAGAUUCUCAUCCAGGAACUGUUCUGUGGCAUUGAGUUUGCCUGUCGUGCCCAAAGGAGAGGCCACAUUAGAUUUGAUCAACCUUACAAACCGCGUCAUUGAAGAGAAAGUCAUAAAGCCCCUUCGAGGCCUAUAUCACAUCAAUCUGGCUGCAGAAUAUUACAAAUUCAAGCGCGCCAUCAUGGAGAGCCCUUUUGAACAUCAAGCCUUAUUGAUGGGUACCAAGCACCUAUGGACAUUUGAUGGGAAAAUGUACAGUUUGACCUCCAACUGCAGUUUGCUGCUGGCCAAAGAUUUUUCCCAGAAUGCCUUUACUGUCAUCCUAAACCAGAGCAGUGGUGCGGACAGGUCUCUAUACCUCAAUAUGAAGAAAAGAGUUGUCAUCAUUUAUCCCGAACAGAAGAUCUUCAAGCAAUACAACACUUCGCUGUUGAAGGACUGCGGGAGUUUUGACGUCCCUCUCCAAGAAAACAGCACCAUCGUCCAGGUGGACACAAACCAUGUUGAAAUGGCUACAGCUGAUGGAGCGUUGUUUUUUUGUGACCUUCAUUACGAUUUCUGCACCUUUACCUUGGAUGGAUGGCAUCAUGGUGUGUCUGCUGGCCUUUUUGGUACCAAUGAUAAUGAAGCUGGCAACGAAUGGAUGCUUCCUGACCACUCCCUGGCUAAGAGCUUGUCAGAAUUCAUACAAGCAUGGCAGGUGAACAGCCGUUGCAGUGAAGUCAAGAGAGAUGACAAAUCUUGCGUCAGUCAGCAGAGCGCUGAAAUCUGCCAGAUCUUUUUCCAAGACUCCGCCUCACCUUUUAGGAACUGUUUUGGAGUUGUGAACCCUGAACCGUUCUACCACUGGUGCAAAACUGACCUGUGUGAGCUACAGAGCAUCAAAGUAGCCUGUAACUUAGCUGCAGCCUUCAGGCAUCUGUGCAACCGGAAUUUCGUCCCGAUAGAGAUGCCCCUUCAGUGUGAGACGGCAAAGUGAGACUGAGAAGCAGCUGGUUGCUUGAAGCUAUGCUUGCAAUCGAGGGAGGAUCCUCCUACUUAUAUUCCCCACCAGCCCAAGCUCAACUCUAACAAGAUCAUAAGCUUCAUCUUACAAAACUUGUCCCAGAUUGGCUUAAUGAAAAGACUGGAGGAGCUUUUAAGAUUAGCUUUGACUGUUGCAGUAGCCACCAACUGUUCGACCAUCUGGAUGAAGUCCUCAAACUGCUUCUCCUUGUGUUCGCCAUAUUAAAGACGAUACAACUCGAAAAGUAUCCUCCGGAAAGUGUUGCAGAAUGUAAAAUUAGAUCUCCUUGUAAUCAGUUUAGAAGACUGUCAAGAGUUCAUUGCAGCAAUCACAUCCAGAAAACACACACAGGUAACUGAUUCAGCAGGAUUCAUUAACUUCUCUUUAAAUCCGUAACAACACAUGAAAUAAAUAUACAAUCCAAAAGCAGUUUUUCCAAGUGGUAGCAGUUACAGGCAAAACACAGGCAGAGGAGAGAAGUUUCAGUUUCAAUUCAGCAGAGCAGACUAGUUUCAGUUUCAGUUCUGAGCACAGAGUUAAGCCACGCCCAGGCUCCAAAACAGUUUCAGUCACCAAUCAGCUCCCAUUGGCUGAUUUAGUUGCUAUGCCUAUACAUUGGCUGACCUUGUUACUAAGCCCUAUUCCAGUUCAUGAAUAUUCUGACAAGUACUGGAUUUCUUUUUUCCUGCUCCUUCUAAUGACCAAAUAAGAUUUCAAUCAUGUUCAGCCACAUCUGAGAUAAUUCAUGUUGAAUUGGAAGGGCAUCGGCAUCUGGAAUCUCCUUUCCACUCCGUGUUCUGUACAACAGCUUGUUCUUUGGAAACUCCCCCUUUUCAGAUGAUACAAAAACCCACUCUUCUGGAAACUUUUUAACACCUCCCACACACCGACACCCACACAUACACAAAGAUGCCCAGGGGGAGAAAAAAAAAUCUCUGAGGAAUCUCUGACUCGCUGUAGGACUUUAGAACCAAAAAUGAAAUAGUUAAAUAAAAAGCAGCAUUAAAAUGUGAAA